CGUCACGUACUUUGCCCGUUCUGUUGCCCUUGUAUGAUAAAUCGGCCUUAUAGUGGAUUUAUAAUUUCUGAUAAACAUGGAGAGUCAAAGGUUAGUUCAAGUAGUAAGAGGGCCAACUUAAUUUUUUUAUUUACCAAGGAUGUGAGUAUCGUGAUUAAUUUCAGUAGACAGCCACUACCGGUAACAAAUGGAACUGCGUUCGUUUUCCAAGAAAUCCUGUCUUUAAUUGGGUAGAUAUCUCAGUCUAUAAACAAUUUCUGACCAACAAAUCUCCUUUGUUCUGGGUAAUUCAAAUAAAUUACGUAUUUCAAAGGAAUCGUCUUUCCUCAGGGUGUUAUGAAAAUAAUUUAGAAACAAGCUUAGACAUUGCAGCAUUUAGAAAUUAUAAAUUGGGCAAAACUGACAUGAAUUCAUUACUGAAAAACGAUUGCUGACGUCGCGGAAAAUUAUUAAUGAUACUCGACGAAAGUGCAAGAUCUCGUUUUGCUUGAACACUCACCAUAAUGAAAAAUUUAAAUAAAAAAACCAAGUUAUCAGUCACAAAGUAAAAAAUAAUUAAUGGCAAUUAGGAGGACUCCUCAGUGUGUUAACAAAAACUCUAUAGCCCACGUGUAUUUUGUUUUGACAAAAACUUUAAGUGUUUGUUUCUAUCCACAAGUGGAGAAACGAUCACAUUUCAAUCACAUGAUGACUGUUUCCGUGAUCUUCUGUUUUGGUUCAACAACUCAUCUAGCAACUUGGGACAUAACCAAACUUUCAGUUUUAUAAGUCAGGAAGUUUUGAUCUCCCGUAGAUUUUAAUUCUUGUAAGAUCUAUUACAAUGACGGAUUAAAAUGACGCGAAAAUGAAAUAGUCUUGUUGCUUCAAGUGGAUUUUUUUCCAUGAGGUUUGCAACCAAUUUCACCCAACUAAUCGCCGUACAAAAAUAUCUAAACUGCUCUUGUCUUUUUAGUAGGAGAUUUAGCAGCCUAUUGCGUUUUGUUCUUCAUUCUGUGACGGCACUUGAACCGAAUUUAUUAGUACUUGGAAAAUUGGAAAUUGCAUAUAAAAACAUUUGAUGGUACAGAUGCGUUACAGCAAUAAUUUGAUAAAUAUAGCCAAACACUUAAGAGGUAUUUCGUUUUCUUGUUGUCAUAUUUGGUCGUGAUAUUUCCUGAUUGGUUGAAAAGAUCGGAAUCGUCAUCACCAAUUCCUCUCGGUUUUCACGAUUUAAAACACGUCCCUUCAAAUGGUUUUAUUCAUUCAGUCAGCUCGUCCGUAUACUUCACAACACAAUGGCUCGCUUUAUAGUGGUCAUCGCAUUCUUGGCUUUCUGCAACAUCGUCUACGCACUGCCGACAUGGGAGAAUGGUAUGUAACAAUUAUCAUGUUAAAUCGUGUUGCUUGCUCGUAAUACGUGUCAAAUGUUACCUCUUUUUUUGCUCUUUCUCGACAUCGGAUACUUUCGAUCAACAUUACUGAUCCUGGCAGUCUGUAGAACGCCUCGCCUAUACACCCCGUUCGAUGUGGUUUAACAAAAAGACAGUGCAAAUAUCUUGCGUUUUCGAGCCCCGUAGGACGAAGCAAUGAGCAUUAUGUCCGCUCCAAACAUAUUUAAAACCAUCGAAAAAUGGAUUUUUCAUUCCACUAAUAUUUCAUUUUCGAGUAUUUUGACUCCAAGGUUUCGAAAUACAUCCCACGGUAUAUAUAUAAUAAUGAUGCCGAUACUCUACCACUGAGCCACUGAACCACUUACGAAGUUCAUAUGACACGCGUCCUGUAUACGUGUUAGGAUCAGCAAUGGGGACUCAGAAUUUUUUCCUUGACCCACGCUCGUGCUAAGACGAAAACAUCUUUCUCUAUUUCUUAACCGAUAUCUUCUUUGAACCAUGGAUGGUUGUUACGACACAUUAAUCUUGCCCCUAAUUAAUCAAAACAGGCGCCUUAACAUACACCUAGCUCCAAGUUCGUGAUAAAGUUUUUCUCCGCCUGAAGAACACGCCCUACAGAUUCUGAGCCGUUUAAUCCGACACUGAAAUUUUUAUUACAGAAGACGAAGCGGAUUUCAGUUCUUCCCUAGAGAUUACUCGCCGUCGCUGUAGCUGCUCUGAUGAUCAUCACAAAUGCGGCUGCUGCCUUCAAGUCAGGGCACCUGCAUUCCAAAAUUAUGACGAAGCGGAUGGUAAGUAUAAAUUUUAAAAUAAUUAUUUCAGAUGCUAAAGACUCUUUAGAAAUUCUUAGCUCGGAAAAACCUGGAAACUAGUGACAGGCGUAACGUGGUAUCAACAUAAAGAACUCGUUUUUUAAGAGUUGAACGAUUUUGCAAAUAGCACACGUAGUUUGGUGUUUAAAUCUAGUUACCAAAGAUUGGGUGUAGGUCCCGUAUAUUCGUAGAAGAGAUCAUGAAAAAGCAACUGACAUUUUCAUUUUCUCUUCAACGAAUGUGGCUAUAAUUGCCACAAUGAUGAACUUUCUGACGAAACGAGUGAUGUUUGUAUAUAUUCAACACAUAGAUGCCAUGUUGCUGUGCUUCUGUUUAGUACUAGAUCAUAAAUGUGGUAAGAACGAAAAAAGUGGCAUACUAAGCGCAGCCGAGUAUUACUGAUGUUCCUACCGCAUUUUGACAUUUUUGUGAUCUUUUACUGAACGGACCAAUGGGGACAUGGAAUCUAUUUGUUUUUAUGAUGAAAAACAUCAAGUGACGGUGCCAGCGGUGACGCCAUUUAUGCGUAUUUGGUGACGUCAUGCGUUUAAGUGGUGACGCCAUACGGUGACGUCUGUUAUGACGUCAUUUACGCGUCUGUCCUCCAAUAGAUCAUAGGUAAGAACCAAUCAAAAUGAUUAUUUAUUUGACUUUUUACAGUGUGUAUGAACUCGUCUUUCGUCCGGUCGCCAUUGGUGAGCUUCACUUCUUUUACUUCUUUUAUUGCUAAUUUUGAUGAUUUUUAACAAGAAAAAUUAACUAGACACUUACCUUUUUUUUUCGGAAAAUUGCAACUUAACAAUGCGUUAUGAAUUAGCUGAAAGGGAAAAUUUAGCAUUUGAUGCAUGUAGCAGUCUAACCUUAAAACAUUGCAUUCCGUUACAGGCGGUGGACUUUUUCAUGAUGUGGAACAAACGUAAAGUUUUCAACCGCACUGUAUCAGGUACGAACAGUUUCCUUCGUUUGCAAAUGGAUUAAGAAUAUCAGUGUUAUCCAAUUGAUUUUCAUGACUUUUCCUUCGGCAAAUUUAACUUUUUCAUUUUCAUUGCGUUCCUUCAUCUUCUUCUUCUUUGAGCUGUAACGAUGUCGUCACCUCAUUCUGAGAAAAGCAUUGCACCACAAACGGAACGCAGCCUCAGAAAAGUGAUUAAAGGCAGGAAUGUUUGAGGGAUGGUACCCUGUCUGGGAAUUUUGUUUUAGUCCUAAGGCAGCUUUUCUUGCGUAAUUUCGUAGGCAUGUUUUUUUUUUUUUCUUGACAAUUUACAAGGAAAAUUAUUCCAUUUACACCCAUCCACCAUAACUUCUCCGAUGGUCCAUGCCUUAAACAGUUUAUUUUUGCCGUCACGCUACCGUCACGCCACUAGCUCUCCACUGGAGGAUACAUUACGCGACAACAGAGGUAACGCAGAUCAGAUAUCGCCAGCGUAGACUGCGCUUCUGUUAUUGACCGCACAAAUUUUCUUUUUUCCUAACGACAGAUUCCCGUCCACGGCCUGCAUGUUUUGACAUUCCUCGUCUGAAUUAUGGAAAGGCCUGCGUGAAAUUCACCAAGAUUACGAUCAAGAGAGAUCACACUGGAGGAUGUGCAGCUCUGGAAUUAAAAUCGAGGCACAGCGGAAGAGACAUUCCUCUCGGCUGCUUCUUCUUCCACGAUAGGGACGGGCAUGGAGUGGACGUGGAGACCUUUCUAGAUCCUGCGUCGUUCAUGUCCUUACUGAAAAAUGUCUUUCAAGCGUCAAAGGUUAGUAUUACUUCAUCUUUGAUUCAUUUGACUUACCGUGUAGCUCUUAAUUAGCACACCACUUCCUGGUCUAUGAAUCUCAUACCACAACUUCUCUCGAAGAGUUUUGGGCAACUGGUACCCAGCUUCUCUCCCCUUUAUCUCUCUUCUCCUUUUCCUAUGCAAAAGAGAUAGAGCCUGGGAACAAGGUUGGAUGCGAGGCGUCUCAAGUUUUGAUUAGCACGUUACGAUGUUUGUGGGGGGGGUAUAUAGAUCUUAAAGCUGGCAAGUAAUAGAAUUAAUUUCAGUCGGCUUGACUCCAAUGUUCCAAAUUUUAAACCAAAUGGAUUUCUAUGAGUUUCUAUUUUUCUUUUUUCAAUCAUGUUUCAAUUUUUUAUUUCACUUUUUUUUUUCAGGAAAACCAGAUCGAUAGCAUUAGUUUGCUGGCAAAUCCACCUAGGGAGACACUAGAUGGUGACGUCACAGAAGUGAUGGCGGUUGACAAGGCCAGCUGCCAGUGUUCAAAGGCUCCAGCCCAAUGUGACUGCUGUGCAGAGUUUAAAAUAUUUGGUCACUCUGUGAAAGGUAAUAUUGUUUGAUCUUGGCUUAUGUAACGGUUACACUCGCACAGGAAACUAAGUGGGUGGGGGGAAAGAAAGUGAUUGACGAGAAGGGGGGAAGGGAGGGAGAGGAGACAUAUCGCAACCUUGUUACGAAAGUUUUUCCUUCGUCCUGAAGAUCAGGCUGGAUUAAACUAGAAACUAGUUAAGCUUUGAGCCGAACGGCAUUGGUUGUUUUGGAGAAAGUUCGAAGUUUGUCAUUACAACACCAAAUUUUUUUUAAUAGUUUACAAUGAAAUGUAUGGUUACUGAGAAGGUGUGUUGCUGGUCAGAUUACCGCUGCUCAAUUGGAAAGUAUGCGUUGAAUGAACUCAGUGUAUAAUUCCUUUACACCUAUAUGAAACAUAAGGCAUCCACGGUCCACCUCUUCCUGAUACCGAGGCCCGUUUCUUUAAAGUCCAAAUAAUUACCAAUCCCAAAAAACUGUGUCUUCAGGUCUUUGCUCUGAAAAUAUGUUACCAUCGUUUUUCUUUUUUUUUUUUUUUUUUUUUCAGCCUGUGCUCAUGCAGACAUCGAUUCAACAGGACAGGUGAGGCACACAGAAAUUUUAUUCACGUCCGCUCCAUCUUUUUCUGUCAGCUAUUUUUCCUUACAUUUCCUCCUUCUUUUCCUUAACUUCUUUCUUAAAAAAUUUACUUGCUCUGUUUACAUUAUCCUUUUUCUUCUUUCCAUCCAUUUUACGCCUAAUUUCCUUCUAUUCAUUUAUUUUCUUUAUCCUCAAUCACAUUUCUUUCCAUUCCUUCCUUCACAACCUUUUCAUUCUUAUUCAUUUCCAUCUCUUCUCGUGGAAUCUCGUCUCUUUGGUGUGGAACUUCCAUUCAGGGAAUGCCCUAAUGACUAUAAAAGUGUAUCCUGA